AUGUGGCCCCGCACACACAUUAAAGACGCUGCUCUCCAUCUUCCUGCCGUCCCCAGGUCAUCUUCUGUGCUCGAGCCAACCCCUGAAUCCCAUCAGCAAGCACCGCCCGAACCUCAUCAACCUGGACAAGAACACUCGCACCAGGCUUUCCGCAAGGGCGCGUCUACCCACACUCCCCGACUCAUCACCGACAAGAACGGCCUCGACGCAUACGCGCUCGUCAAUGGUAACGUCGCCGUCGGCAGAUUCGAAACGUUUCUUGACUCGGGAACCACCCCCAUCCGUCGACAGCGCGAUGGUCUAUAUGGCGAAUCCACCCAGGGCGAAUACUACUCGAAGUACCAUUGCCACUCGCUCCCCCAGGUCGUGUUCAACUCGGGCGGCCACUUGUGUAUCUUCAACCUCGGCGAGACCGCCGGCCCCGGCAAAUGCGCGAUCGUGGACCUCGGUCUCGGCCACUCGUUCAUGACCAACGCAGAUAUCACCUUCGUCCCUCGGGUCGCGACCGUCUUUCCCCCCAUCCCAAUGUCGCCUCGGACCACCCCCUCGGCCGUUCUCGCUCUUGUAAUCCUUGCGCUCCGGCUGUCCCCCCCUGCGGCGGCCCAGGGCACCUUCGGCGCCGGGCCUGGCACGAACGCGACAUGUGGACCUGCUUACGACUGGAUGGACAAUCACCUCUCCCCGCCACAAUCCCCAUGCUACGUUGCUUCCUUCCUGCUCUCCGAGUGCAGUUCACCCGCUUCCUCAUGGGUUUACCCGCUCGGUGACGGCCAGAUCUACACCAUCCCGACUGCGGACGACACCGACAUCCAAUGUGUUUGCAACUCGGUGUGGUACAACAUCAUCGAGGCUUGCGCAACUUGCCAGGGCCAGAGUGUCAACGUCCCACCAUGGCUCAUGUACACCGCGGCGUGCAAGACCGCGAACGCUGGCCCCACGAUCGGAUCCAUCCCGCGAGGCUUUCCCAUCCUCACCGGCAUCCCUUCCUGGGCCUUCCUAGACCCAACACUCACGGGCACCUUCGACGCCUCCGCGGCCUCCUCCGUCGCGCUGUCCAACCCGACCGACUCGACCCAAGUCCGCUCCUCCACCGCAUCCUCCGCCACCUCCACCUCCUCCACACGGACGACCGCGAGCGCCGACCCCGGCUCUCCUUCCAACGGGUCCGACAACGCCUCCAGCUCCAGCGGCGCCAAGAGCGACGUCGGCCCGAUCGUCGGCGGCGUCGUCGGCGGCCUCGCCGCGCUCGCGCUCGUCGGCGGCGCGACGUACCUCCUUCUCCGUCGCCGCCGCGCGCGCGAGACGUACCCCGGACCGUCGCACGGGCAGUUCGAUGUCGCACCGCCGCCGCCGCCGCCGAUGAGCAUGUACGGCGGCAGCGCGGGCACCGGGUACGCCGCCGAACCCGGCGCGCAGCCGUACGGGAGCCCCGUCCCGGCCGAGAGGGAGCGCUCUCCGGACGCGUUGGUCCCGCCCAGGCUCUACGACCCCAACGACCCGUCGACGUUCCCGAACGCGCAGGCGUACCACGCGGAUUCGGCACGAUCGCCGACAACACAGGGUAGUGCACGGGGUAGUGCACAGGGUGCGCAGUUGGGCUACAAGGGCAUCCCCGAGAUGUAG